UUCCCGGUCGACGCGACCGAACCCCAUCGCCCGACAUCUCCACCGCUGCACUCCACGACACACGACCUCCAACUUCCUCUCGCCCAACAUGCCGACGCCUUCAUCCAAUCCUCCUUCCAACCCACAUCCUCCCCGAUCCCAUACUUUCUCGACAUGUCCUGAGGACAGCAGCUCAAUACCCCCGCAACGCAGCUGGCGCCCGCCGACCGAUGCAAGCCACGGCCCUUCCGAGAUGGAUGCCCAUCACGACGAUCGCAUGGACGAGGACGGAUCACCCUUCCCCCGAAGCGACCUGAUUUCAGACGACUUCAGGACCCCGUAUUUACACCCCCUCAGGGGCCUGAUGUCACAGGCCAGGGGCAUGAGCACAGAGGCCAUUCUCGACGAUGAGCACACCUCUGCUGCGUCCUCCUCCCGAUCCACCACCAUGUCGCCGAGGCCGCAGUCGGGCGACACCGCUCACUCGUCACCGGCGAUCGAUACGGAAUCGUUCAAGCAUACGGAAUCCGAUGACGAGAGCCACUUGGUUGGCGAGAGGCUAAGGACGUCCCGAGGGGACGAUGCCAGACGGCGUGACCCUAGACUAUCGCCGACGUCGACGCACGACGACAACAAGGAUGUGGAGUUCGACGCCAAUGACUUGUGGGAAGAGGAGCUGAUGGCGCCGUCGAUGGGCUCGGAUUUUUCCAACAUGCGGAUCAUUCCAUCAACAGCGUCGUCCUUUUUGCGACCUGGAAGCAAGUUCCACGGAACGCAACAAUCCGAACGGCAGGUGUACGACGUGCAGGUUGAAAUUAAGCACGUCGAUCUCAGGGAAUCGUUUCUUUGCGGAUACCUGCGAAUUCAAGGCCUCACCGAAGACCACCCCACAUUGACAACGUACUUCGAGGGUGAGAUCAUCGGCACGAAAUACAGCUUUAUUACCAACCAUGAGACUUGGGGCGCCACCGACAAGAUCGACCUUAACCACUGGGCAAAGUUCAACGCCUUCCGCCCGUUCCAAAAGCAGGCGCGCAAGGGCCCGGUCGUGAUCCGUGACGUCGCACAACGCGAGAACAUCUUCAUGCGGUGGAAGGAACAUUUCCUCGUCCCCGAUCACCGGGUGCGCACCAUUUCCGGCGCGAGUUUCGAGGGCUUCUACUACAUCUGUUUCAACCAGGUCAAAGGGGAAGUGAGUGGAAUCUACUUCCACUCAAAGAGCGAAAAGUUUCAGCAGCUUGAGCUCAAGCACGUGGAGGAUAGGGGCUGCUUUGGCGCUAUGGAAUUCAGAUGAGACCCUGACACCAGGUCGCAUUGGGAAGAAAUGAAGGAAGAGGGGACGGGGGCUCGGCCGGCCAUAGAGGCACCGAGCGCGAUAACAAACAUUAUGCGGCGCGCCGGAGUAUAACCUGGUUGGGACGCAUGAGGCUUUUUGGUUUUAUUCUAUUUUUGCAAAUGAUAUCAAAUGAUGAUGAUGCCUUGGUACGCCUUGGGUAUCAGUAGGGAUAAUUCAAUGCCUGGCGACGGCACGGAGGAUCACGAUACCUAGGUACAGAACGAGAGAAGGAGACGAGCGUGUGGUGGCACACAUACAUGCACUCAAACCGCAUCUACAUUAUUUCUUAUCAGGCGGAGGCAAAGCAUCAACAAUGAACGGGGCACCGACUUUAUUCUGCUGUACAUGGCUUUGGGUGGAGGUAUAU